AUGUCUCCCGAGUAUCGUCAACUCGGACGGUCUGGUCUACGCGUGUCCGUCCCCAUCCUGGGGGGUAUGACUUUCGGAAAUACCAAAUGGAACCCGUGGCUGUUGACGGAGGAGCAGAGUCUUCCUUUGCUCAAAGCGGCUUGGGAUGCGGGCGUGAAUACCAUCGAUACCGCCAACACAUACUCGAAUGGGGAUUCCGAGCGAAUCAUCGGAAACUUUAUAAAGCAGUACAGCAUACCAAGAGAGACCCUCGUGAUAAUGACCAAAGCGCUGUUCCUUGUGUCCUCCGAUCCAGGUGUGAAGACCAUGCUCAAUCCGAGCCUUGGCCAAUCUCGCGACUUCGUAAACCAGGGCGGUUUGUCGCGCACCGCCAUAUUCAAUCAGAUCGACGCGUCGCUACUCAGAUUAGGGACAUCAUACAUAGAUCUGCUUCAGAUCCAUGCUUUCGACCCCUCCACUCCCGUUGAGGAGACCAUGAGAGCGCUGCAUGACUUAGUUCUCAGCGGGAAAGUCCGUUAUCUCGGUGCAUGCAACCUUCGUGCUUGGCAGCUUGCAGAAAUGAACAGGGUGGCCGAAUUACAUGGUUGGACACCAUUUGUGAGCAUCCAAGUGGAGCAUUCGCUUCUCUACCGGCCCCAGGAGCUGGAGAUGUUUGCUUAUUGCAACUACAAAGGGAUUGGUAUACUAUCAUACUCUCCGUUGAUGGACGGAAAUCUAGCUCGGCCACUUGAUGUGGAGACAGCAAGGGUCAAGAGCACAGGUAAUUCACCGUUCAAGAAGAAACUCAGGGCAUCAGACAGGGAAAUUGUCAAGCGGGUUAAUGAGGUGUCGCAAAGGCUCGAGUGGAAGAUGAGCCAGGUGGCGCUUGCGUGGUCUGUCAGCAAGGUCACCAGUCCUAUCGUCGGUGUCAAUUCGAUCGAAAGACUGUACGAUGCCAUUGUCUCUGACCGCAAGCUAUCUACGGAAGACAUACAGUACCUCGAGGAACUGUGGGUGUCACCUAUGGACUCGCCUUCGUUGACUAUCUGA